AUGAAGAGCGGCUUGCAGUGCGUCCUGGAGCUCUUUACGCAGCUUGCCCUGGUUAUAGCUUUUGCCGCGUGGCGGGCACUCUGGUUCGGCAUCAUCAGCACACACAGCGCGGAGCCCUUCAGGCUGCAGUCGAUGGGUCGCGUCAUGGGCCUUCCUUUCCUAUUCUCCGGCCUUGCCAAUUUCGUCCAAGCGCCCCUGAUCUUUUGGACGUUGGAUGCUCAGAUCGGAGACUUCACCUGGACGUUGCUCAUCAUCCUGCUGGUAUCCGUACCUUUGCCCCUCCUGUUCGUCGCCGUUCAGGUGAAGCAGAGAAAGAUGGGCACGGUCGUUGCACGCACGGCCAGCAUCGUGCGUGCCGAAUCGAUGCACAUGACGCAUGCUCUGACGCAUGGUACCGCGUGCGGAGGGCCAGAACCACAUGUGUUGAGCGCCGCUGUAGAGCGCUCGAGGUCAGCAGGGAGGGAGGGCGUAAUAUGA